UAGUGUUGUUGACGAGACGCUGAUUGUGUUGUUGUUGAAUUGAAAUCGAUGAAGCUGUGAGGGCGCAAUUGUGACUGCAAUAUCAAGAAUCGUUUGCAGAAAUUCGCACUUUCUACGUUGGAAACUUACUGGUGUGCUCCAUUAUUUUUACCAGCUGGCGGAGCCAUGUCAGAGAGCUCAAGUGACACAGAGUCCUCCUGUGGGUGGACUAUCAUAAGUAAUGAAGGUUCAGAUAUUGAGGCCCUGGGGCCAGAGAACGGCCUGGAAUGUGUAUCUGAUCUCCCAGAGAGCGCAGUGCUUGAGCCAGAGCUGCUGCAGAACCAACCCACCUCUCUCUCUGCUGAGUUCACUGAGGAGAGGGUCGAGUCAUCUCUUGAUGCCACUCUAAAAGAAGAAACGUUAGAAAAGACAUUGUCUGCUUCUGAGGCUGGAGGUGAGGUGGCCGGGGACGAGCAAGUGACUCUGUGCUCCUCCAGUGACCACUCUGACAUUGUGACUCUGGUGGACACGAGGGAGACUGAGCUCGGGCCUUGGGAUGAGCAGACGGUGGAGGAGGAAGAGGGAGCAGUCAGUGAGGAGCUCUACCUGGGCACCUCUUCCAGCAGCCAGUACACCUUCAGCGCAGCAGAGACUGUUUUCCCUGCGGAGCAGCCUGUGAUUGCAGACUCCAGCAGCAGUGAGGAUGAGGGAGGAGAGCAGGUCACCCCAGUAGUGCGGAGGCGCAGGGUGAGGAAGAGCACCACUAGCUCUGUGCCUGAGCCUGGAGAGGAGGUGCAGGAGUCUGGCCACAGUGACCGAGAGGAGACUCGAGAGGAGGACCAGAAGGAGGUACAGGAGGAGGAGGUGCAGCAGGAACCUUGCGUUGCAGCCCCACCUCAAGGCCAUGUCAGCAGCACCCUUAACAAAUGUAUCCUACUAGCCCUCAUCAUCGCCAUCAGCAUGGGCUUUGGUCACUUCUAUGGCACAGUACAGGUUCAGGAGAGGCAGAAGAUUGUGGAGAAGCUCUGUGGAGUGAAUGACCUUGGUAAUUCGAGAGAUCUGCAGCCUCAGUGUCAUAAAGGACCAAAUGUCAUCAGCAAGGACGUGGUUAAGAGUCUGAGAGAAGACCUAAAGGACAAGAGUGACAUGAUGCUGUCCCUCACAGGGAUUAUGGACAAGCUUACUAAAGAGAACCAGGAUCUCAGAUCCAAACAGGCCCAGCUACAGGCCCAGAAAGAAGACUUGGUCGUGAAACUGAAGCAGACUGGCGAAAAGAGGGUUAAGAUUGAGUCUAAGCAGAGUCACCUGAUGGUGGAGAACCAGCUGCUGAAGAGCUCCCUGGAGCGUGAGGAGGAGGCCCUGUCCACCCUUCAGGAGGAGCUGAGGAACCUGCGCUCCCAGAUCCGAGAACUGGAGGAGACUGGGGCCGGGGCAGACUCCAUACUGUCUGAGAACCAGAGGCUGAAGGAACACCUGGAGGAGGAGACACAGCGCCUCCGCAGCUUCCUGAGCCAGAGGGAGGCCCUGAUGGCUGAGGCCCAGACGCUGAGGAGGGAGCUGGAUAAUGAGCGGAGGGUGACUGACCAGCUUAGGGAGCAGCUGAGCAGCCGCAACACCAGGGCUGGAGGAGAGGCCGACCCGGAGACAGAGGAGCUGCAGUCACGGCUCAUGGAGUUGCAGAAGAAGCUGAGCUUUGAGCAGCAGCGCUCUGACCUUUGGGAGAGGCUCUAUGUGGAAACUAAAGAGGAGCGGGCCAAGGGAGACGAGCAGGCCAAAGUCAAGAGGUCCAAGGAUGGUGUGAUAGGGAAGGUGAAAGACACUUUUGAUGCGGUGAAGAACUCCACCAAGGAGUUUGUGCACCAUCACAAAGAGCAGAUAACGAAAGCCAAAGAGGCUGUGAAGGAGAAUCUGAGGAAGUUCUCUGAUUCUGUGAAAUCCACCUUCCGCCACUUCAAGGACUCUGCUUCGCGUAUGAUGGACAAGACUUACCGGCCUCACGAUCGGAGGUUUCACGAGAGGAAGGAAGCCAAGACAGAGCAGCAGGAGUAUCAUAGAGACCAUGGAAACAAGCACUCAGAGGAGGAACCAUGGCAGCCCAUAACCCACAAGCCCCUGCAUCGUCACCCUCGUAAAUCCACUGAUGACUCUUUCCAGGCACACCGUAACACCCGGAAGUCAGGGGGUAAAGUUGAGGAGGACCCAGAGGCUGAGCCACAACAAAGAGGAGUGCCCAAAGGUUGCUCUGGGGUUUUCGACUGUGCCUACCAAGAAUCCAUGAGCCUCUUCAACAAAGCCAUGGACCCCAUAAGAGCAGAUGAGUUCAACCAGCUGCUUCACAGCUACCUCCAGCAGGAGGUUGACCACUUCCACCACUGGACUGAGCUGGAGAGCUUUAUUAACAAUUUCUUUCACAACGGCGUCUUCAUCCACGAUCAGAUGCUGUUCACAGACUUUGUUAGUGGUGUGGAAGACUACCUGGAGGACAUGGAUGAGUACCAUGGCCACAACGAUGACGUCUUUGAAGAUCUUGAUGAGUAUGUCUACAGGCACUUCUUUGGAGAUACCUACUCAAAACGUUAUGGGUCAAGUAUACCCUUUGAAGUGCCAAAUACGGAUACUAAAGAAGAAAGACUAGCCAAGCAGCAGCAGCGUAAUCAGAGGGCCCGGCCCCGGUCACAAAGAGAGAGGAAGUGGAGCAGAGCAGGACGGAACACAGACAGACACAUGGCUGAUGUAAAAAUAGAGUUGGGUCCUAUGCCCUUUGAUCCCAAAUAUUGAGAAUAAUCUUACCUAAUGAAUCCGUUUUAAUAAUGGCUGAUAUUGUAGUUGCAAAGGCUAUUUAGGAUGUGUUUGAUGGAAAGCCUUUUCACUUCUUAUUCUUCUGUUUUUGUGAUUUUGCACAAUGUUCCUUUAACGCUGCCGAAUGUCCCCUUCCUGUGUUGUGUAAGCAAUCCUUAGGUUAGUGUCAAUGGUGGUGUAUCUGACUGCAUCUAAUCUCAUGCGCACAAAGAAAAUUAUUGCUGCAAUGAUUUAGCCAUGAAUUGUCUUUAAAUAUGACUAACUACAGCAAUUAAACAUGGGAAUACAGUAAGUAAAUCUGACAGUAGCUAACUCUGUAGUACACAUUCAUUGUCAUCAGGUCAGCUGUUUCAUGUUCUUUUUAAGAGCCAUCACUGACUAAUUUGUACAACAUUUCUUAUUUUUGGGCCUUGUUUAAAAAAAAAAAUCAUCUGUUACCAUUUUAAUUGUCUAAAUGUAGGCCUAUUGCGAAUGAAUAAUGAUUCAUUGGAUGGAUCCAACAAUGGAAAGAAAUAUAAUUUGUCAGUGGCAUUGAGAAGUUAUGCACUGACAAAUACACUUUAAUUUCCAUUCCAAAUUGAUAAUUGUGAGAUGAUAGCCUAAACAAUUGCUGACAAUGAUACUGUUGUGUGCAGUAAAACUUUAAAAGUAGCAAAACCACUGAGAAAUACUUGCAAGAAUGCAAGCUGGUUCCACAGUCGAUUUCUAUAAUUUGCUGCUACGUUACAUAUGUUUAAAAUGGUGAGAUAAAGUGCAACUGUGUUGUCGUUAAAUUGUUCAGUAACAUUCCAACUUUGGCUUGUUUUAUUAAGGCUGAUUUAUUUCCUUUCAUUUACAGAUGUGCUGUUGAAAAUUAAUUGCAGCUUCCCAAUAAAAAAAAGUGAAUAUUAA